ACAUAGCUUUUUGGGAGGUCGGGGGUUACUUUCACAUGUAGUAGUGGUAGCAGUGAUGGGUGUUGUUUCAGAAAAGUUCAUCUUCCCAUUUUUGCUUAGUGCUUCCUCUAAAAGUGUAGUUCUUUCUAAGAGUGUUCAGGUUGAUGGGGUGGUUGUUAAGAUGAGUUUGGAGAAAUAUUUAUUUGUUGCGUACUCUUUGAUACAUUUUUAUGCUGAAUGUAGAAAGGUUGAUUUAGGACGAAAUGUGUUUGACAAAAUGCUUGAGAGAAGUGUUGUGUCUUGGAGUAGUUUGAUUAAUGGUUAUAAUGGGGUGGAAAUGACUGAGGAGGUUGUUUUUCUAUUCUUUGAGAUGGUUGAGGCAGGUGUUGAACCAAAUCCGGUUAUUAUAGUUUGUGCUAUAUCUGUUUGUGCCAAGUCGAAGGAUCAUGAAUUGGGUAAAAAAGUGUGCGGUUUGAUGACUGAGUUAGGGGUUAAACCUAAGAGCACUUGGACAUCAAAACUUGAACACCGUAUGACAAAUGGCCUAAAAUAUGUCUGCUAAAUGUAUUGAGAGGAGAGAGAGAAAGUGAGAGAAAAUUAUUAUAAAAUCCACAACGGUAUAUAUAAAUACUGUGUGAGACGUGUUUUUAGAUGUCAAAAUAACUUUUCUGUAAACCUAAUAUGCUCGUGGUGCAUGCACUGCUUGAUAUGUAUUUGAAUUGUGGAGACAUGUGUGCUGCAAAGGGUAGUUUUGAUGAAUUUAGUGAUAAGAAUUUGGUUGUGUACAAUACUAUCAUGUCGAAUUAUGUGCAACAUGGGAUGGCUGGUGAAGUGCUAGUAGUUUUGGUUGAAAACCAGAUAAGGUAACCAUGUUAUCUACAGUUGCAGCCUGCGGACAGUUGGGUGAUCUUUCUGUUGGGAAGUCGUCUCAUGCUUGUAUCUUCAGGAAUGAACUAGAGAGUUGGGACAACAUUUCCAAUGCCAUCAUUGACAUGUACAUGAAAUGUGGCAAAAGAAAAACUGCUUGCAAAGUUUUUGACAGCAUGUCAAACAAGACAGUGGUGACAUGAAAUUCUCUAAUUUCAGGUUUGGUUAGAGCAGGUGACAUGGAAUUAGCUUUGAGAAUCUUUGGUGAGAUGCCAGAGUAAUCUUGUAUCUUGGAACACUAUGAUUGGUGUCACUGCCAUGGUUCAAGCAAACAUUUUUGAGGAGGCAAUUGGUUUUUUCAAGGAGACGCAAAACCAAGGGAUUAGCGCGCAUUAUGCAGAUAAAAAGAUAACUCAACUGGCCCUUCAUAGAGUUGGGACUCAAAUGCUGCUAUCCGAUAUCUAUGCACCAGCUGGAAAAUGGACGGAUGUAGCAAGAGUGAGGGAGCAAAUGAAGGAGAAAGGGUUCCAAAAAGUGCCUUGGUCAAGCUCAAUAGAAGUUUUCAGAUUGAUUCGCGAAUUCACCUCUGGCGACGAAUCACACACCGUGAUUGAAUUAAUACUCAGGGAACUAAACUGCACGCUAAGCCAGGUGGGAUAUGUUCCUGAUACAACCAAUGUCUUGAUAUUGAUGAACAGGGGAAAAGGCAUUUGCUCAGCAGACAUAGUGAAAAACUUGUCAUGGCUUAUUGAUUAAUC